GGGAGCUCGAAAGUGGGACGGGGACGGAAGAAAGUGCUCCGGCGCAGCGAGGAGCGACAGGCGCCGCUUCUUUUUCCUAUUUUUGCAAUCAGGGGAGGUCGGCAAACAUUCCUCUUCCGCCCCCUCCCCGCAGAGGACUUCGCUUUAAGUCACCCCCAUAGCCAAGGUCAGGCGACAAACCCAGGCGGUGCGCCGUUCCGGGCACUUUGGAGAGCCCCUUGCCGAGGGGCUGAAGGCGGGCGUGCGGAGGGGAAGCCCCUGCGGCGAGCUCUGUGCGUGCAAAAGCUCGGAGCCCCCUACCACUUUCUCCCCCUUUUUUACACGGCCCCCCCCCCGUUAUGAGGACGGCACUUCUGUUGACCUGGAUCGUAUCCCUGAGCAACUUCGCAGGCACAGGGUUGGCAGCCUAUUUUUUCCAGCAGCCCAUGGAUCAAGUGAUCGUGUCCGGACAGUCGGUGACGCUGGCCUGCGUGGUGAUGGGCUAUCGGGGCAUGGUUCAGUGGACCAAAGAUGGGCUGGCUUUGGGUGGAGAAAGAGAUCUGCCUGGCUGGUCUCGCUACUCCAUUGUCGGAGAUGCUUCCGCAGGACAGCACAACUUGCGCAUUGACUAUGCUGAGCUGGACGAUGACGCCGUCUAUGAAUGCCAAGCCACGCAAGCGGCCCUGAGAUCCCAGCGUGCAAAGCUCACCGUCCUGAUUCCUCCCGAUGAUCCGGAGAUCCAAAAUGGCCCAAUCGUCCAUGUGAUCUCCAAUGUCCCCUACAAUCUGUCAUGUCGGGCUGCCGGUGCCAAGCCUGCUGCUGAGAUCAGCUGGUACCGUGACGGGCAGCGGCAAGAUUCUGCCGUGUACUCCAAGGCGCUGAUGGACGACGGGAAACGGGAGGUGGCAAUCAGCACGCUCCUCCUGACUCCCAGCAGCAGGGAUAUGGGCAGCACCUUCACCUGCCGGGUCAGCAACCCAGCAGCCCCCGCGGGCAAGCAGACCACCGUCACCCUCAAUGUGCAAUACCCACCUGUCGUCAUCUUAUCAGUCCAGCCACAAACUGUCCCCGAAGGUGGCAAGGUCAGCUUCCUCUGCACGGCCACCUCCAACCCUGAAGUAACAGGCUACAGGUGGGCUAAAGGAGGCGUGCCUGUUCCUGAAGCCAACGGGGACAGCUACGAGGCGACGGUAGACCAGUCCUUCUUCACGGAGCCUGUGUCAUGCGAGGUGUCGAAUGCCGUGGGGAGCACCAACGUCAGCACGCUGGUAGACGUGCAUUUUGGACCUCGCCUUAUAUCUCAGCCCAAACCCUUGACUGUCGACGUUGGUGCUGAUGCCUCCUUCACAUGCACCUGGUCCGGGAAUCCACCUCUCACCUUGGCCUGGACCAAGAAGGGAUCUAGUGUGGUGCUGAGCAAUGGAAACACCCUUCACCUGAAGGCGGUGACGCAGGAGGACGCCGGCAUCUAUGUGUGCAAAGCUAUCGUGCCACGCAUCGGGGUUGCUGAGAAGGAGGUGACGCUUGCGGUGAACGGCCCACCUGUUAUCAGUGUGGAACCGAGCCAGCAGACUGCAGUGGGAGCCAAAGCUCGGCUGGAAUGCCUGGUGGGGAGCAUUCCACCCCCUGACCGGAUCGCCUGGGCAUGGGGUGAACGGGUGCUGGAUUCUGGCUCGCUGGAUCGCUUUACGGUGGACACUGUUGUAACAGAACAGGGGGUGCUCUCAGCUUUGCUGAUAGACCCAACCCAUGACACUGAUUUUGCCCUCCCCUACAAUUGCACAGCUUGGAACCGAUUUGGCGUACGCUCUGCUGCCGUCAGCCUGCGCCGCCAAGAGGUCCUGUCAGUUUUGAUCUUGGGGCUUUUGGCUUCCUCCGGUGUUGCUGGCCUCCUGCUUCUGGUAGUCAUCGUCUCCCUCUGCUACCGGCGCAAACGCUGUGGGAAAGCAAAGCGAGGAACACAGCUCUCCAAGGCAGAUAUCCUGGUGCAAAUUACAACCAGCGAGAGCAGUCCCAGCAGACCGAGCGAGACAGAAGAUGAUAGCAAGGAACCCAUGCAAUGGUACAGUCCUUUGGGAAAGCCCCCGUCACCUGUGCUUACGACGAAGGGACCCAAAGAGCUGAAGCUGGAACCAGGGAAUCUUCUAUACCAGGCUCACCCUUCACCCUUCGUCUCUCUCCAGGCCACCAGCAGUGAGUCUCCAGCAACAUCCCAUACGGAGCAUAGUGAAAUCUUGGAAGAUGAUGAAGGGAGCCAAGAGCUGAAGGAUCCCACCAAUGGCUACUACAAAGUCCGUGCCCAUGAGGAGCCGUGCUUGGGGAGCAGUUUUUCAGAAUAUACGCCAGCCUCCCGCCCUCUGUUUGGGGCCUCUUCUUUGUACCCUUCAGCCGGGCCGGUACAACCAAAGCUGUAUGAAUAUGCUCACCGCUACACUCUGGGCACACCCAGCUCCCGCUCGGCCUAUGACCCCCACGAGCGACUCUUCCCUCAAGAAAAUAUGUACAGUGGGAGCACCUACCUUACUGCCCCCUACACCCGGGCUUUCACCAGUUAUGUCAAACCCAGCAACUACGAGAAGGCCGAGAGUGGAUACGAGCCAUCGGACCAGGCCAGCAAGGCCUCAGGCUGCUCACGCUUCUCAUAUACCUCUUUGUGUCAGCAGUCCGACUACGGCCGCCCAGCCCACCAACGCAUGCAGACCCAUGUAUGACUCCUGCUCGGCCCUGACAAACUCUGAUCGUCUUCGGAGGUCGCAAAAAGAGAAGGGACACUCGCUUUGGCUGAUAGACUCGAAAGGGCCAGGCAACGGACUGGGGUGUCCUAGAACUGAGCUGUGGAGGCAAUUCCCACCAUCUGAGGAAGAUGGCAAGCAGCCGGCUUAGUAACAUGCAGCCACCAAGUUGCAACCAAGAUGGCCGACAGCUGGCUUGUCAUCUUCACCCAGAGCCCAGUCCAUCUUUCUUCGGCUGUGAGGAUGCCAGUGCUGGCCUCUUUGUGUCAGGACACAAUGAACAAGGGCACACCUUCUGCUGAAAGUGGGAAUAAGCUGCAAAGGAUUGUGGGACAGCUUAGCCCCUGAGAAUCGAAAUUCUAAAUGGUGGGUAGUGCUGGUCAUUGGAAGGAAGCCUAAGAAGCCAUUGGGCCAAAACUGGUGAAAAUACGGUGCUAUAACAGCCUCAGCAGCAGGGCUCUGUGAUGCUCAGUCUAGCUCUCCAACAGGGUUACCCCGAAAGCAGCCUUCUGCCGCGAAGGCAUGACUUUAGACCUUACUACAGUCGCAUGAUUCUGGGAAAUCUCUAUGCAUGGGCAAUAAUGCUUGCAUUUUACAUUUUCCUGGCUUGAUGCUGUGGUUAAAUUAUUCUCUCUUCCCCUCUUGAGUUGGGGUACCUCUGGAUGAAUACAAAUGCAUCUCUGUUCCCGCCACCCUUUUCAUAAAACCCAGCCCCCAAUUCCAGUGGAAAGUCACCGAAUUCACAUCCAUUUAAAGAAUCUGCUCUGCGUCUCUGUCACCUGCAGUGGACUUCUCUGACCAAAGGGUGGCAUUCAUGUUCAAUAUCAUAUGCUGUUUCUCUAUGCUGGGACCUGAAAGGACUCCUAGGGUACAAACACUAAAGUAAAUCCAACAGAAAAAAGAAACAGGAAGCCAAAAGCAGAUGGAAUAUGCUUAUAUCUUUCUCUCCUUUUUUUUAAAAAAAAAUAAGUUAUUCCUUUUGCCUUAAAUGUAUUUCCCUGCUGUGAAUGUUUUGAGUUCUACAUUUUUAUCUUUCCAAAAUCGCUGUAUAUUAUUUUUGUUUUGCAUUUUUCUUUAGAAUGGGAUUUCACAAUGGCACGCACAUGCCUGUUUAUGUUGUGCUUUAUAUAUAAAAAAAACCAGAGGGGAAAUUGUAAAUGUAUUGCCUACUUGCAG